UUAAUUGGUGCAAAAAAUAUUAGCAAAACAUUGUAAUUACCAGCGAGCAUUGAAGCAAAUUUUUUAUUUCUUCACAAAUAAUAAUGGCAUGUAGAAUAACCAUCAUUACGGCAUAUUGAUAAAUAAAGCGAUAUCUCCAUUGGACGCAGAAAUUCUCGUUGAUAUCACAACUACAAAGAUGACAAACUUUUUGCGAACGAACUUUCAAGCGGCUAAUAUUCGGGCCAAGGAAGAAUCGAUCGGAUGUGAACAUCUGACGCAUUUGACUUUCCCCCGAUGAUUUUUCAAUUCUAGUCUAGUUUCACCCAUGUAGGCCAAUGAUGCGGUUCGUUCGAGCUGUGAUGAGAUUCGAUCGUUUCCUCGAUAAGUUAUUAAAGGAAUCGAUCCUUUGUUCGCUGAUUGGUACAAACUGGUAGAGUUGGAGCACGGUCAGUCUAACGACUGCACUGCGGCCGGGUCUUUCCGAUUAAUGCGACAAUAAUGAAUUGGCGAAAGUAAUGAACUCAUACAUCAUUGAGCAAUGUCCUCGUCCUUAUAUAUGGACCGGCUGCCACGACGAUGCUCCAAUACGAUCUGUCGCUGGACAUGAUUUCCAUCUUCUUCCUCGCGUGGAUCCUGAACUCGGGUGACGCUUUCGGUGACUUCCCGUCGCUGGUAUCCGCCAAUACCUCGAUGGGUACGAAUCCUUUCUCUUCUGCCGUGUCGAUACUUCUAAUUUAAUAUCAUGAUCAUCUUCUCUGAAUCAGCGGUGGUUAUCGACAAGAGCUUCUUCGAUAACAAGGCCGAGUAUCGCGACAUUGUAAGAAAUAUUUACAACUACAUCGCGACUGUUACGAAGGAAGAGACGAACACGAUUGAUAUUGACGUGCACAUCUUUCGCGGGACGAGAGUAAAUAAUCUUCGAGAUUACACGGUGCUUUUAUCCGUGGCGACAUGUCAUCAGAUGUGGAGUCUUCACGAUGCGGCGCGUAAGGAGGAGCUCGUGCAUUUAGCGAUAACAGAUCACGAUUGUCCACGACUUCCUGAUUCGGAGGGUGUGAGCAUUCCCUUGGUAUCUCCCGGCGAGGAAUUGUCCCAGAUUAUUUUCGACAUAAGAGAGAUCGACGCUUUCGCCUGGACCAACGUCAACAUACUGCACGACGAUACCUUUGGUGAUAAAAUUGAAUCAUUAAUCUCUCUCUCUCUUCUUUUUCUCUCAUUGUUUUUUUUCUAUUCUACGACGUCUCUCAAAAGCGCGUCUUUCUCGUAAUGGAUUGUAGACAGGGACACGAUCAACCGAGUCACAAAAGCCAUCUCGAGAUCGCUGCCAAAUAAAAAAUUUAACCUGAUCUCCAGAGCGCUGUUCGCCUUUAAGAACGCCGAUUCCGAACGUAGCAGGAGAUAUUACAUAAAACAUGUGCUCGAGAAUUACCGUGUGGACCAGCUGGGAAGAUGCUUCCUCGUGAUCGUCACGAUAGACGCAGCGGCCGACGUUAUGGAAGUUGCAAAGUCUUUAAAUAUGGCUCUACCUGACAGCCAAUGGUUGUACAUCAUCACCGACAGCGUGAUGCGAAACUCUACGAACAUCACCAGUUUCGUCAAUUUAUUAACGGAAGGCAGUAACGUGGCUUUUAUUUAUAACACAACGGACAGCGACACAUAUUGCAAUGUCAGUUUAAAGUGUCACAUCCAAGAAUUAGUCGGGGCUUUAAUUAAUGCCUUAAAACUAUCAUUUAUGAUCGAAAUAGAAUUGUAUAGCCACAUGAGCGACGAGGAGUUCGAACUGGUUCGAUUAAAUAAGCACGAAAAACGUCGAGAAAUUCUUAAAAAUAUCAGAAUAAAGCUUAUCGAGGAUACUUUCGCCACGGGCGGUGUCUGCGGUAAAUGCCUGUUUUGGCGGUUGGCCUCGGCCAUAACGUGGGGCAACUUCUUCGUACACGGCAAAAACACCGCGCAUUUGAUCGACUCGGGAACAUGGAUGCCUAAUCUAGGUGCGAAUCUGACGGGCCCUAUUUUCCCGCACGUCGUUCAUGGUUUCCGAGGGAUCAGCGUGCCGAUCGCCACGUAUCACAAUCCGCCGUGGCAGACCAUCUCGUUGAGCGAUUCCGGUGAGAAGGAAUACGGCGGGCUGGUCUUCGACGUCGUGAAAUAUUUAGGGAGGAAACUGAACUUCACUUACAGCGUGAUCAGUCCGGCGAGCAAUCGAAUCGUCAAGUUCACUCGCAACGCAACAACCGACAUGAUAUUAACGUCGACAACGAGGGAGAUGCCGUCGCAGAUAAUUGAUAUGAUUUUGGAGAAGAAGAUUCUCCUCGCGGCCUGCGCGUACACCGUAAACGGUAAGGGAAAGGGGCACAUCAAUUUUACCUUGCCGAUCUUUAUGCAAACCUACAGCUUCCUGACUGCAAAACCGAGUCAGCUUUCGAGAGCGUUAUUGUUCACCGCGCCGUUCGCUAAAGAGACAUGGGCCUGCCUGGCAGCAUCCAUUAUUAUAAUGGGCCCGAUCUUGUACCUGAUUCACAAGUACAGUCCAAGCAACACGAGGAAGUCGGGGCUCAACUCUUCUUGGCAAUGCAUCUGGUACGUCUACGGGGCUCUUCUUCAGCAAGGGGGAAUGUACUUACCCCAUUCCGAUAGCGCUCGCUUGAUGGUCGCUGUCUGGUGGUUAGUCGUGAUGGUCUUGGUAGCGACUUAUUCCGGAAGCUUGGUCGCGUUUCUCACAUUCCCGAAUAUGGACAUCACCAUCCUGACGGUGGAAGAUUUAAUUACUCAUAAAGACAGAUUAACUUGGGGCUUUCCAAACGGCAGCUUUUUAGAGGAAUAUCUGAAGAAUGCCGAAGAGGAGAAGUAUCAUACUCUUCUGGAGAAAGCCAUAAUUCAUAACGCCACGCAAGAAGCGGAAGUUAUAAAGAAAGUAAAAGCGGGCAAGCACGCAUUGAUCGAUUGGAGAAGCACAUUGAGAUUCUUAAUGAGAAACGACAUGCUAACAACCGAUGAAUGCGCCUUCGCUUUGAGCACCGACGAAUUUAUGGACGAGCCCAUAGCGAUGAUUAUUUCGGAGAACAGUCCAUAUUUAAAUAUCAUCAAUGCCGAGUUACAUCGCAUGCACGAGUCCGGAUUGAUGAACAAGUGGACGUCGGAGCAGAUACCGUUGAAAGACAAAUGCUCGGAGAGUCUUACCAAUCAAGCCGUGGUGGAGCGCAAGGUGAACGUGGCGGAUAUGCAGGGCAUAUUUUUCGUGCUUUUCAUGGGCGUGACCGGAUCGAUAUUUCUUUUGUGCUGCGAGUUCUUCUGGCACAGGCACCAAGUGGCGAAGCAACGCAAGUUGAUUCAGCCUUUUGUCUCCUGA